AUGGGGGAGUCUGCCAGCUUGCAAGCUGCCUUGGGAAAAAACAUCCAUGCUGUAUUAUCUUUGGUAGAGAGAACACCUGUUAGCCAUGAGAGUUUAGAUUAUUUGCCUUCACACAACAAGAGAAAAAUGUACAGAACAGAGCAGGAUCGAUGGCUGCUUAUGGGGCUAAUCAGAACAGCAAUGAGGGUGCUGGGGUUUUUGAUUCAUCAGAUAAUAACUCUCAUCAGACUGAAAUGGAACCCGGUGGAAAAUCACCUAAGGUGGUAAAAUUUUCACUUGGCUGGUCUGUGGGUGCUUCUGUCUGGGCUGRUGGUUCUGUCUUUGGGUUCUGUGCUGGUGAGUUUCUUUUGCCCAGCAGCUUCAUCGUCUGGCUUGCCAGAAAUCAUUGGAUAUUUGAAUGGCAUUUCUAUUCAACAUCUUUUUAACAUCAAGGUGUUUUUAGGCACRUUUGUCUCAUGUAUCCUCGCUGUAGCUUAUGGGCCAGAAGGUCCCACAAUUCAUUUGGGUGCUCUCCUGGGUCCUGGCCUGAGCCAGCUGCAGUUGGACAUCACUGGCAUCCAUCUCCCAGUCUUCACCAGGAUCUGGAAUUCAGUUGAUAAGUGAUGGGCAGUGAUGUGGGGCUCUGUGAGGGCCCCCCCUGCCACUGCCCUCGAUGCCCCAGGGGUGUCUGGUGAGUCACUGGUGAGCCCAUUGCAUUUGGAAAGGAAACCCAUUGCUGGAUUGCACCAGCAAUCUCUCAGCAUUCCUGCCAUUUGUCACUUUGAAAUGGGGAAAAAGCCACCCACUCUAAUUAAAAG